AAGAACAGUGUGGCGCGCAGAGAAAUUUGUGCAAACUUCUUCAAGUUCAAUUUGCAGAUUUUGGACAAAUUAUGGCUUAAAAGUUCUUCAGCAAGCAAGGAAAUCAACGUUUUGGAACGAGGUAACGACCUUGCAGGAUUUAGGAAGUCUUUGGUUUAACAAUGGCUGGAAGAAUCCCACCAGACGAGGCAAGUCGAUCUUCACAAGCAUUUCAUGGACCAUUUUCAGAGCCAAGGUCACAACGGCGGGCACCACGGCAAUAUCCUGCUAGUCUGGAUACUGAUUUAAGCCUGGUUACAGAGUUACGCAGGUCUGAAGAGCAAGCUGCUGGACAAAGAUCCUUGCCUAAUAAUCUGGGAUGGUCAUCAAGAGGGACUGCUCAGCAGAGUCCAAGUGGUGCAAAUAAGAAAAAAGGAAAGCACUUUGAACAAGUGAAGCUGCCAGCAAAGAGCAGCAUGGAUUCACCUCCUUCUGAUGCUGUUGGUUUUACCAGGAAACGUCAACAAACACCUCAAACUGUUCCUAGGACACGACUUCCAGCUGGUACCCCUAUGGCUGAAAGGCUAGCAAUGGAAAGUUUGAGGCAGCAGUUGUCUUUUGAAGAAGAGGCUGAGCCUGUUGACCAGAGUUCCAGAAGCAGAGUCCCACGAACUUCACAAAAUCCAUCCUCUAGUACUGCAAACAAUGAGCGAACCCUACCUACACAAGCAAGAACUUCAGCAUCUGCUAGUUUACCAGUGUUGGAGAUGAAUGAAACAGAAACAACAAGAGUUUCCACAGAAGGUGCCACUAAUUCAACAAGCUCUAAGGCCAACACACCGUUGAUAAUUGCAAGACUAAACCAAGUUAGGGGUUUUCUUAAGCAAGCUACGGCUAUGUUUAUAACAUUGCAAACAACGAGUGUCAGUGAACAGCGGUCUAGUGAACUGAAUGAACAGUCAACUAAGAUUGCAAGAUUAAUCAGACAGUUAAAACAACAGGAAAGGGCUUAUGUGGAACUUCUUGAGCGAUCAGUGGCAGUGGAACAUGAUUCAACAUUAGAUAACACACCUUCCCUGAGUCUGCAGUCUUUGACAGAGGAAGAGAAGAGUGAAUCAGCAUCUAUACGAGAUGAAGAACUUCAAGGACUACGUCAACAGCAUGCCUUAUUGAAAAAGAUGUUAGAGCAACAACAGCAGCUAAAGGAACUACAGACUAGACAAGCGGCUCUGCUGACUUUGCAGCGUGAUGCAGAGAUACGUUUAGCUGAAGCUGAGGAAGAGGGCCGACAAGUGUCUGGUGAAGCAGGAGCUAUAGGUGGGGAAGAUGAUGAUCAAAGCAGAAGUGUAGUUGCAACUUCUCAAACCUCAUCGCAUCCCGAUACAAUACCCGAGAGAGCAGGUGCUAGUUUGUUCUCAGAUGACAGCCGAUUUACACCAGAAGAAAUGGAACUCGUGAACCUUCUUAGGAUGCAUAAAGAGAAGUGGAGGGCUGCUGAUUCUGGUGAUGAAAAAGAGACAGAUGAAAGAGAGAACCAUCGAGCAAAGAGGACAAACCAGCCUCUGCCAACAUCCGCAGAUCAAGUCAAUGUACAUGCUGGGAAUCCUGAGACUGGUGCAGAGGUUGCAGAUAAUGAGCAGGCAGCCUUAGCUCUUGCAAAUGCCACUCAAGAGAGGUUGGAGCUUGAGAACAAGCUGAUGGUUUUAGAGGCAAAGAAAGAGCAGAUGGACACCUUGUUGAGAGAAUUGCAGUCACUGAAAGAAGCGCAACUUAGAAAAGAAACCUUAGAGGCUGGUGGUGUGGCUAAUCCCAGUGUCAAUGAGUCUAAGCAAGAGGAGGAUGAACCGCUAGCCACUACAUCGCAGAAGCUUGAUGAUGAACGGAUCUUGGAGGCUCUGGAGGUCCAUGAAAAACUCAAGAAGCUGCAAGAAGUGAGGGAUAGACUGAAUCAGUUAAGAGACCUGAUUGGCCAUUAUCAGCCUUCCCUGAAUGAGGCAGAUAGACCAGAAAGUGUUCCACAAACCCACACUGGGACUGAGCCACUCAGUGUGCCUGUUCAAAGCAGCGAUGAGCCUGAGGAGCUGGAAGGUGCUGUGGGAGGAGCUACUACUGGUACAGACCAGGACUUCAGCAGUAUUGAAUGGAUGUUAAGUGCUGGGGUUGAAGAUCCCGACCUGAUGGGAAAAAUAAGACAACUUCAGGAAGCAAGAACAAGGGUUGCUCAUCUUUUUAAACAGACAAAUGAAAGUGCUCAGGUGUCUCCUUCAAGAGUGAACAACGAAGUUGUACCAGUACAAGCAACAGAGGAGGAAUCUGAAGCCGAGACACAGACAGACACUGAUGCAGAGAGUGCAGUUAGCGCCGGCAGUUCAAGUGUGAAUACUAUGGCUUGGCAGGAUGAUCCAGAAUUCCAAGCCAAAGUCCGGUGGGUUGAGAAUUACUUUUACAUGUAGAAAUUGUAUUAUUCUAAAGUUAUUCUACGUGUAGGCAAAAGUUAAGGUUCGUGUAAUUGUAAAUGCUGAGGCUGGUGCAAAUGUGAGAGGGACACCAAUCAAUCACUGUCGCAAGGUACUCAAAAAAUUCCUGCCCAUACGAGUUUGAUUCCUGUAAUGACAACCUGAAAAAUUCAGCCUUGUUUUGUUUAUUGUUUGUA